CGUUCCUCCCGAUUCCAGAACCCAGUGUCCAUUGCAGCUCUCAGCGUGGGAUCGACCUCAGAUCGGGGCUGUGCUCACGGCUGGGGAUAGAUGGUGGGACCAGGACUUUUGCAGAGGGUAUACGGGGCUGUGAGGAAGAGAUGUGUUUUAAAUCCCCCCGUGGGGGCUCCCUGUGCCCCCCACAGGUACAGCCUGUACGCCCGCACACGCCUCGGCUUCCUCUUCUACAAGCGGCAGGUGAAGAAGGCCCGCGAGCGCUUCCCCCAUGGCCAUUCGGUGUCCCAACCACUGGGCUUCCGUGGGGUGAAAAUCGUGCCCAUCCCUGUGCUCUCCAAUAACUACAGCUACCUGGUCAUCGACACAGACUCUGGCCGUGCAGCCGUGGUCGACCCCUCUGACCCACUGGCUGUGCAGGCUGCCAUUGAAGAGGAGGGGGUGGUGCUGGAGGCUAUACUCUGUACACACAAACACUGGGACCACAGCGGAGGGAACGCGGCGCUGCUCCAGCAGCACAGCUCCUGCAAGGUGUAUGGCAGUGCUGUCGAUGCCAUCCCCGAGCUCACCCAGCACAGCCCCAUUGGGGACAGGGAGAAGCUGAGCGUGGGCCGCCUGACUUUUGAGGCACUGGCCACACCAGGCCACACCGUGGGGCACAUGGCCUUUGUGCUGGAUGCAGGGCCCUUCGGGGGCCCCCCCUGCCUGUUCUCCGGGGACCUGCUCUUCCUGGCUGGCUGCGGAAGACUGUUUGAGGGCUCCCCCGAAACCAUGCUGGCCUCCCUGGAUGCAGCCAUGGGCUUGGGAGAGGACACGCUGCUGUGGCCGGGCCACGAGUAUGCACUGGAGUGCCUGAGCUUCGCCCGCCUGCUGGAGCUGGACAACCCCGCGCUGGAGCAGAAGCUGCUCUGGGCCACUCAGCAGCGGCAGGAGAAGAGGAGCACGUGCCCCUCGACGUUGGGCGAGGAGCGGACCUACAACCCCUUCCUGCGCACGCACCGCCGGGAGCUGCACGAGGCGCUGGGGCUGCAGCGGGGCAGCGGGGAGCACCAUGAUGCCUUCCGAGCCCGCGUCCUGCGGGAGGUGCGCAGGAGGAAGGAUCUCUACAAGGCCACCUAGUGACCCUCCCCACCUCGUGACCCCCCUCUGCACGUGGGGGGGGUCUUCUGGACUAUGUGAUUUUCUGCUGUGAAUUCCCCUCCUCCUUAGUCCUGCUGGGAGAUACAGGGAAAGGAUGGACCCCCCCCCAUACACACACCCCAUGUGUGCACCUCAUAGGUGGUCCCUUUCCCUGACCCCCUUUUCCACACGAUCCCUUCUCUGGGGGUCUGCGGCCCCCCUGCCCCUUUUCUGGGGCUGUAGAAACAGCACUAAGGGCUCUCCUUAUUUCCCUCCCCCUUGUUUUAUGGGAGACCCCAAUUUACCCCCAGUGCUCAGGGAAUUCCCCUUCCCCCUCAUUACUAUGUCUCCCUUUGGGGGUGGAGGGGCAGGGAGGAAGCCUGGGUGCCCACCAUUGCCCUGGGGCUCCUCCCAUGUCCUUAUCCACCCCCCAUACACUGGGAUGGGGGGCACAGUGCUGGGGGUGUGCAGGUAGUACUUCUGUACUGAGGACUGGAAACCCCUGUACACUCCCCCAAAUAAAAGUCUAAAUCGAA